AUGGAGGCCUUGCCCGACUCCGGGCCCCAAGCCUCGGCCUCGGCGCCGCUGCGCGCCCCAGAGUUGGCGCGGCUUCGCGAGGAGCAGGAAAAGGUGGUCACAAACUGCCAAGAGAAAAUCCAGCAUUGGAAGAAGGUAGAUAAUGACUAUAAUGCCCUUCAAGAAAGACUCAAGACAUUGCCUGAUAAGUUGUCUUAUAAUAUCAUGGUGCCAUUUGGUCCUUUUGCGUUCAUGCCAGGAAAACUUGUGCACACUAACGAAGUCACUGUCCUACUUGGGGACAACUGGUUUGCAAAGUGCUCAGCAAAGCAGGCUGUAGGAUUGGUUGAGCACAGGAAAGAACAUGUGAGAAAAACUAUAGAUGACUUAAAGAAAGUGAUGAAAAAUUUUGAGUCCAGAGUUGAAUUCACAGAAGAUUUGCAGAAAAUGAGUGAUGCUACAGGUGAUAUUGUUGACAUAAGAGAAGAAGUUAAAAGUGACUCUGAAUUUAAAGUAAAACAUCGAAUUGCUCAUAAACCUCACUCCAAACCAAAACCAGAUCUUUUUGAAGCAGAUUUUGCAAAUGAUGUAAAAUCCCAGGAUUUUUUUGCGGAUCAGGAACUGUGGGCUCGACUUGAAGAACUGGAGAGACAAGAAUUAUCACUGGGAGAACUUGAUAGCCAAAAUCUUGCUUGCUCUCCUCAUCUUCUGCCUCUACUUGUAUUUGAACAGCUUACUUACUCAAUUGUUCGAAUAAAUACUGGAAAAAAUACUACUCUGAAAUUCAGUGAAAAGAAGGAAGAAGCCAAGCGGAAACGAAAGAACAGUGGUAGCGGUGGCUGUUCUGCCCACGAUCUGCCUACGAUCAGGACGCCUGCAGACAUUUACAGAGUCUUUGUUGAUAUUGUGAACGGUGAAUAUUUCCCCCGUAAAUCAAUUCUGAAGUCUAGAAGCAGAGAGAACAGUGUUUGCAGCGAUACCAGUGAAAGCAGCGCUGCAGAAUUUGAUGAUAGACGAGGAGUGCUGAGGAGUGUCAGCUAUGAGGAAGCGGCUUGUAGCGACUCCAACGAGAACGCCUUGGAAGAAGAGUCACAACAAGAAACUUACCAGAAGAAACCUUUGCCCCUACCAGGAGCACCUGAGGCUUUUUCUGGAACUGUAAUAGAAAAAGAAUUUUUAUCGUCCUCAACUCCACACCCAGCCAUUGCUCAUCCUGUGCUACCCACUAUUCCAGAACGAAAAGAAAUUCUGUCAGAAGGAACUACAAAGAGGGUUUCAAAGUUCAAAGCUGCCAGAUUGCAACAGAGAAACUAG